GGAACGUCUUUUUUUGUGUCGCGUGCUUGAGUAGAAAAUGGCGUAACGUGAACGUUUACAUCGAGAAAUUUCUCCAAGCUUCUCGUCAUCGCUGCUCGAAAUAAAAGGAUUUAUUCUUAAAAGAUGGGGCGAAGCAGGAGCAGGUCUCCUCCACGGCGAGAGAGACGCCGCUCGCGCUCGUCCUCCCGGGACCGAGAGCGCAGGCGCAGAGAACGGGAAAGGGAGCGGGAGCGCUCGCGCUCGCGGUCUCGAGACCGCGACCGGGACAGGGACAGGGACCGGGACCGGCGCAGGAGCCGCUCGCGCUCUCCGCACAGGCGGCGAUCCAGGUCUCCACGGCGACACCGCUCGUCCUCGCCGUCUCCGCUCAGGCAAAAGGACCGGCGAGAGGAGGAGCGGAAGGAGGUGAAGGACAAGCCUGUGAAGGUCCAUCAGAUAUCAGCCGAGGACAUGCAGGGGAAGACGGAGGAGGAGAUUGAGAUGAUGAAGCUGAUGGGUUUCGGUUCCUUCGACACCACGAAGGGUCGGAAGGUGGACGGUUCUGUAAACGCUCACGCCAUCAACGUCACGCAGAAGAGGAAGUACAGGCAAUACAUGAACAGGAAAGGUGGCUUCAACAGACCUCUGGACUUCAUCGCUUGACGCCGGACACAUCUCUGGGACUUUAACCAGAGCUCCGUUGCUGGGUUUUUGCCCCCCCCCAUUCAUUGUGUGUAUGUUGUUAUUAAUAAUUUGUUUGUUUUUGUUUAUCGCUAAUAUUAAAUGCCUAAAUCUGUUUAUAUAUCAUACAUGCCAACGUUGAAUAAAAUUUGACAUUUGA